AUGGACUCUGAGGGUACGCCAGGUGGUUGGCCUGUGGUAGAGGGGCAGGGAGGCAACAACAACAACAGCAGUAGCGGCGUUGAAGCCUGCGCGAGGAAGCUCCGUGAUGACGCCCCUGAGCUGGCUCCUCACUGUCUGUCGAACUCCAUGUGGGCCCUAGCCAAUACGGCCUAUGGUGAUGCGGCACUAUGGGAGGAGUUGGCGGAGUGCUGUGUGAAGCAAGUGACGACGUUCUGUAUUCACGACUAUGCUAAUGUGUUGACGGCAUUGGCGAAGAAGUCGAGGGACUUGCCUACAUUGAAGGACUCCUUCACGAGGAUUGCAGCUAUGCUUUUUGUGAUGAGAGUGGACGAUGAGAACUGUAGUUGUGGUAAAGUAACCAAGUAUGACUUGGGACGUCUGAGAUGGUCCUUUAGGGAGGCCGGUAUGAACAACUCACCAGCAUGGUUUGAAGGUGUUUCUACUGCUCCUGCUAUCCAUGAUGCCUCCCUAUCACCUAUGCUAGUCUUGGAUGGUGUUAUUGAGGUGGACCCUCAGCCAUGUACGGGGCAUUGCCCUCAUCUGGUGUCGAGGAUGCCUAUGGGAGGAGGCGAUGCUGCUGCUGUUGGUAUAGGCUCUUUUACAAGAAUGCCAUCACAGGACACGUCCAGUGGUGGUGGCAAUAAAUCUGUCUUAGACGAUGUGAUACCGGGCAGCAUGGCUCAUCUGGAAGACCCCAGUCGAUACCUGACUGGGCUAUCUGAUUGGCAACAACAAAUGUUGGGGAUGAAUGCUAGCACGAGUGAUGCGGCUUUCGGAGGCUCGGUUGAUCCUAGUAGUCCGAAGGGUAGCUCUUAUGAUCAAGGAGAUGGCAGUGCUGCAGUGCCUGUGUCGGUGAAGAACACAUUCCUGAAUUUCGAAGAUCAAGCGAACAUGCUAGCAGCAGCGGGAAGGCCAAAGUCGAUCUAA